CGCGUGCUCUCUGUGGACUCCAUGGCGUAUUUAAGCGCGAGCAGCAGGGAUGAGUGAGCUUCCUGUCAAACCCAGACAUGACAGAUCAACUGAAGGGUCUCUGGCGCGUCUUAAAUAUCUAUUCUUUCUUCAUAUGACGGGAUAUUAGAGCAUUAAAGAUGAUGAGGUGCCGUUUUGAUUGCGUUCUAAACGAGUUGUGAAUCGAAGUGGAGUUAAAUUACCGUCUUUGGCUAACUGGCUAAUGCUAGCGAGCUGGCUGUGCCUGAAAAAAAAAUCGAAAGCGGAAGAGUGACGUGCUGGAUUACGAAAGCGGAAGUGCUAGAGUGCAGAUUUUUCGAUCGGAAAGCAGGUUUCUUUGUAGAAACGGAGGGAUGGAUGGAGACAAAAGAGCAACUUCUGAAAGGAUUCUUCUGGAACCGUACAUGUACUUGUUACAACUGCCAGGAAAACAAGUCAGAACAAAACUCUCUCAAGCAUUCAACCACUGGCUCAAUGUCCCAGAGGAUAAACUUCAGGUCAUUAUUGAGGUGACGGAGAUGCUGCACAAUGCCAGUCUGCUGAUCGACGAUAUUGAAGACAGCUCCAAGCUGCGGCGCGGUUUUCCGGUGGCCCACAGCAUCUACGGUGUGCCGUCGGUCAUCAACUCCGCCAACUACGUCUACUUCCUUGGCCUGGAGAAGGUGUUGAUGUUGGAGCACCCCGAGGCCGUGCGCGUCUUCACCCGCCAGCUGCUGGAGCUGCACCGCGGACAGGGCCUGGACAUCCACUGGCGGGACACGUACACCUGCCCGAGCGAGGCCGAGUACCGGGCCAUGGUGCUUCAGAAAACCGGCGGGCUUUUCGGCCUCGCCGUGGGACUCAUGCAGCUCUUCUCUGACUGGAAACGAGAUCUCAAGCCGCUUUUGGACACUUUGGGCCUUUUCUUCCAGAUACGUGACGACUACGCCAACCUGAAUUCGAAAGAGUACAGCGCCAACAAGAGCUUCUGCGAAGACCUGACGGAAGGGAAGUUCUCUUUCCCCACCAUUCACGCCAUCUGGUCCCGUCCCGAGAGCACGCAAGUGCAGAAUAUCCUGCGCCAGCGCACGGAGAACGUGGAUAUUAAACGCUACUGCGUCGACUACCUGGAGAAGGUGGGCUCCUUCGCUUACACCCGUCAGACGCUGAGGGAUCUGGAAGUGGAGGCCUACCGGCUCAUCGCAGAUCUCGGAGGGAAUCCGGAACUCGAGGCUUUAAUGGAGCAUCUGAGCCGCAUGUAUAAAGAGCCCGAGGGCGGAGCUUCUGCUGGCCAAUCAAAAGAGCUAGGGGGCGGAGCUGCAGCCGGCCAAACAAAACAAUGAUCCGCGUUAAUCUCGUCUGCACACUGUGAACAGACUGUUCAAACUGUUAUUUUUUUCUGCACAGCAAAUUGCCUUCAGUCCAAGUUCUCUCGUUUUGUCUCAUAUUUCAAGCAGUUGUACUGGCGUAUAAAGUGUAAAAAGAAAGUUUACUGGCCUCUUAUCAGAAAUGCUGCUCAUUUCAGCAUGAAUGACAUUUAAACAAUCACUGUUAUUUCACCUCAAAAUCAAAACAAAUACAUUGUUUUGCUUUUAAGAAAAUGAAGCCAAUUUAAAUGGACCAUUUAUUCAUUUAUUUUUUGGCAUUGUCACAAUUAUUUAUUUUUUUCAUGGCAAUAUUUUAAUAAUAAUAAUAAACUUUAUUAUUAUUACUACAUUUAAACAUCUGUUGUACUGCCUCUAAUAAAAUUUAUUUAAAUCAGUAAAUAGUAUAUUUUACUGUAAUAGAGUAAAAAAUUAAGUGAAAACAAACAUACAAAUAAGAGCUGAUUGCGAUACGCCCGUCAUCAGGUUUGUUGUAUUCGGUGCUGUGGACAGUAACGAGGCCUUACGUUCACGUGUGGAAGCUUUAACACUCCUGGAUGAAGUUCAUGUCUUUUUUACAUUUGAGCAGCUUUUGGUUUUUGUGACUGAUGUUGAUGACGGUGAGAAUUAAAGAUGGAUCUGUCACUUUUGAUGCUCGAGUACCUCUGAAAUAGUGAAUUGGGAUGAUAUCUCAGUGUUUGAUGUAUGAAAGGUCACUGGUUUUUACAUUUAAACAUGUGUGCAUUUUAUCAGACUCGUAUAGCUGAGGUCAAUCCUUUGAGGGAACACUCCUGUGAAUAAACACUUUGAUACACUACAGUCUCUUGCAAGUGUGUAUUGUGCUGUUGUUUUUCUCAUGAAGUGGAAAAGCAUAAAGAUUUCAUGUGAUUUUAA